AUGCAUCCUAGUCUGUCAAUGAGACAUGGAGAGUCAUCCAAGGAAUAUCGCAACUACUACCUUGAACAGAGCGAUACUCUUGGUCAAAAUGCAGGUGUCAUGCUUCCCCAGCGCAAUGCCCAACUGGAAUCCCUACUUGAUGAAACCUGGUCUUUACCAAUGGCAAAGAAAAAGAGCCAGAAGCUCCCGUCCGCUCCGCGGACUAAGGGUCAGCAAGAGAAUCCAACAUCUGUGGGAUGCCAAGAUACUAUCCCCGGUGAAGAACUGCUCGGUGCUCUAGCUAGCUUGCGUUCUGAGCCAAAGUAUAGCGACUUGACUAUUUCGUGCGACAAUGAGACUUACCCUGUUCAUCGGUGUAUUGUUUGCACGCGGUCCGCUUUUUUUGCCAGAGCUUGUGAUGGGGACUUCAAGGAAGCUUCCACGGGCGUCAUUACGUUGAACGAGGAUCCGGCUUUAGUGAAAAUGAUGAUUGAAUAUCUUUACACCCUGGAUUAUGAUGUCGAGCCUACUGCUUCAUCUGACAACUGCAUUAGCCACGAAGAUACGGUGACUGAGACUUCUGAACUGCCAAUCAUCUCGGAAAACACGAACCUGCCUAGCGAAACGGAAAGAGAAAGAUCACCAGCCAACAUAACCGAACCUUUCGGUUCGCUGAAUCCAUCCAUAAACCCAAUUGCUAAAUAUAACGCUCUUUCGUUUCACAUAUUGAUGUAUUCGCUUGCAGAUCGUCUGUUCAUAGAUGGUUUAAAAGCUCUCGCCACGGAGUAUGUUGAACUCGAACUAGUCCAGCAAUUGGAUGCGAAUUCCUUCCCUAAGGCAAUUUCAGAAAUAUAUCUCUCCACUCCCCCGCAUGACCGAGGUCUUCGGGACUUGGCGAUAAGGACUACCAUGAAACACAUGACGACAUUGAGGAAUUCGACUGAAACAACUACUGCCGCUUUGCAAAACAGUCUUCUCGAGUCUCUCCCUCAAUAUUCACAUGACCUGCUCGUCGCUAUAAUCGAUAGGUCCAUGGCUCUUUGGAACCAAGACAAUACGAUAAGGAGAAAUUGGGUUGAGAGUUCUUGGUCGAUCUGA